AUGGCCUUUGACAACGGAACCUCCGGUCUCGCCUUCUACAGAUCGGCCACCAAGACAUCGGCACACGACCUGCCCUGCAAAGUCAGCUGCAAGUUCUGCCGCACGCCAAUCAUGGAUGAAGGGAGGAAUAUGGCGCUCAUCUUCCCGACGCUCAUCAAGUUCCGCAGCGAAGAGGAAAGGCAGCUCUUUAAGCCACGUCUGAUGAUCAAAGUAGAACCCUACGAGGAGAUGAGGAUCCCAAGCUAG